AUGUCCUCCCUCAAACGCAAAGCCGGCUCCUCCCAGCCCGGCCCCUCCUCCGACGCCAAAAAGCCCAAACAAAACGGCAAUAUCAUGUCCUUCUUUGGUCUCAGCAACAGCAACAGUAGCGCUACUACUACCGCUACCCCCGACCCCGUCACCGUAACCAAAAAGUUCAACAAGGAGAAAUGGGUAGCUUCUCUGACGCCCGAACAACGCGACCUUUUACAGCUGGAGAUCGACACCCUCGACGAGAGCUGGUUGGCGCAUCUGAAGGAGGAGAUUGUGACCAAGGAGUUUUUGGACUUGAAAAGGUUCUUGAAGAAUGAAUGGGAGACCAAGACGAUAUUCCCGCCCAAGGAAGAUAUUUAUAGCUGGUCCCGACACACCCCCCUCCCCACCGUCCGCGUCCUCAUCCUCGGCCAAGACCCCUACCACAACCACAACCAAGCCCACGGCCUCUCCUUCUCCGUGCGGCCUCCGACUCCCGCCCCGCCCUCCCUGCGGAACAUCUUCAUCGGCCUCUCACGAGACUACCCUUCUUUUAUCCCGCCCCCUGGCAAAUCCGGCCUCUUAACCCCCUGGGCAACCCGCGGCGUCUUACUCCUCAACACAUGCCUCACAGUUCGCGCACACGAAGCCAAUUCCCAUGCGAACCGCGGCUGGGAACGGUUCACCCAGAAAGUAAUCGACUUGGUGAAUGAGCGACAAAAAAAGGGGGUGGUGUUCAUGGCGUGGGGAGCGCCGGCGGGGAAGAGGAUGGCGAAAGUGGAUGGGAAAAGACAUUUGGUGUUGAGGAGUGUGCAUCCUAGUCCGUUGAGUGCGCAUAGGGGUUUCUUUGACGCGGGGCAUUUUAAGAAGGGAAACGAGUGGUUGGAACAAAGGUAUGGAAAGGAAGGAAGGGUGGAUUGGAGUUUGGUGGAAGGGAAGUCGAUAUUUGCUGAUGUGGAGGGAAAUAGUAAUGGGGAGAAGGAGGGAAAGGAUGGGGAAAAAGAGGAGGAAGAGGAUGAGUUUGAAGGAGGAGAGAUCUUUGAUGAGGAGGGGUUGAAGGAGGUUGAGGCUGUUGUGGGAAAGGUCGUGACGGAGGAGGACGGAAAGGAGGAGAUGAAGACGGAUUUGGUGGUCAAGAAGAAGAAUACGGGGGAGGAGGGAGGUGAUGAGAAUGCUGUUCCUGUUCCUGAAGAGGAGCAGACGGAGAAGAUGGAGGAAGACUGAUGUUUGGGUGUUGCAAGGGGUUAACGGGCUUGCACAUGUUUGGAUCUGCGGGCUGGGUUGCACAUGUCUUCUAUACCCAUGCGGCUGUUGUGUGACGCAGGAGCCAGUUAUUGAUUGGACUUGGGUAAAGGGUACUGUAUGUUUCGGUUCUUCAGGGUCGGUGUUCGGAGUUGUG